AUGAGGACUGCCGAGGAGCUUUGUAGAAGAAAGAAUUCUAAACAAGUUAUUUAUUUUAAUUUGUUGUUGUUGGGACAGCCUGGUAUAGGAAAACAUACUUUUUUAGAAAAUUUAGUAAAUAAUAAUGUUGAUUCUGAAGUAGUUAAACUGAAGUCAGAAAAUGUUAAUCAAAAUUUGUUUCAUGGCCCAGUAUUUGAAAGAUCAAUUGUCAAAAUUCGAAAUGAAUUAACGCCAUCAAUUAUUUUACAUGUUACAUCAUGUGAUACUGUGACUCAAUUAAAUAAUUCUUCAACCCCAAAAAGGAUAAGAGAACAUAUUGAAGCCCAGUAUAAUUUGUUUUUAAAAGAUGAAUUUAAAGUAUUAAGAAAUCAAGAGUACAAUAGAACAGCCGAUAAACGACUUCAUGCUUGUAUAUUUUUUAUAGAUGGAAAUGCCAAAGGAUUACAGAUGCUAGAUAUUGAUAUAUUAAGUGAAAUAUCAUCAUUAAUUAAUAUUAUCCUUGUAAUUGGUAAAUCUGACAGAUUUAAUGAUAAAGAAGUAGAAAUAAUAAAGAAACGGGUAAAUGAUGAUAUAAAGAGUAAUAAUAUUAAACUUUUUGAUUUUAAUGAUGAUUAUUUGGAUGACAUAUUUGAAGAAAGUGAACACAAAUUAAUAAAAGAUUUUCAACCAUUCACUGUUAUUCUUGGAAAUAAGAUGGUAGAUGAUUCAGAUGAAUUAUAUAGAGAUAAUUUAUGUUCUAAAAUUAUGGUAGAGGAUAUUAAAUCAUCAAAUUUUUCGUUUCUCAAAGGUAUUAUUCUAGGAUCACAUAUUCAAGAACUUCAGUCCUCUACCAAUAAUUUUAUUUAUGAAAAGUUUAGGACAAAAAAAUUACUCGAAAAGCAAAAUGAAAUUAAUAUAAAGAGAGAUUCUGGGGAAGGUGAUGCCAUUGAAUUCACUAGGGAAUUUAGUGCCUCACCAGCAUUAUUCCGAGUCAACCCUUCGCCAACUGACAUAGAUUUAACGCCAGAUUGUGAAGCAGUUGUUGGGAAAGAACUUCACGAAAAGAAUAGAAUAAUCGAAGCGUACCAAAAGAAAAUCGAUGAUCUGGAGAAAAUACUUCAAAACUCUAAUGAUUCUUCGCCCACUACAAAAGUAACUUUGUGUGACCUCGAGAGAGCUAUUUAA